AUGUGCGAUGUUUUACUAAGAAUACAACUUGAUUGCAGUGGUUAUUUUGCCAUUUGUCUGUUUCUCAUCGCUUGUCGGGAGUGCGUUCUCGGUCACCUAGCAAUAAACACGCAGUCUGAUAUGCAGGCGGCAGUUCAACAUGACGGCUUACAGGGUGGUUUUUGGGAUGUCAAAACCUCAAACAGCCUUCACACUGCCUUGCUGAUUGCCCGUGUCAUUGAGCCGAGCGUAUUUGAAGACCAGACCGUGGAGACUGCUGUUGAGGAGGCGAUGAUCAAUGCCAAGGUUCACAUAAAGAAGGGCUAUGUGGUCGCCCAGUGGAACGACGAAGCGGAUGCCGUAACUACGAAGAAAAUUAAAAGCGUCUCAUUUAUCUCCGCACAGGACACGAUGCGGAUUCGCUGUGUGGCUUUCUUCUCCUUCUACAAGAAGGGAGUCGACUACGAGUUUUUCAAGGCCGUAAACGAUGCCUGCCUGGUGUUCGAUGGCCGACUGGUAAUUGAUGUCAACUUUCAUACCAACGACCCCUGCAUCCGGGCCGCCGGACCAGUGACCAAACUUCAACCAAAGAGCUUACUUCAGCUCUUUGAUCCCAGUGUGAAGACACCAGAGCGACCGGUGAAGGAUGAACACCACCUGCUGCCAACCUUCAAAAUUCCGCGGAUAAAGCUCGGUCAGUUGCCCGGCGACUACAGGUAUCUGAAGGUAUGGGCCCCCGGGCAACGAAAGGAACUGCGCGAGCGGAUGUCGCAAGCCAACUUUGGUCGUGCUCUGGUCACUGGUGUUCCAGAAUCGGGACCCGGAUACUUCCACUUGCAUAUCAACGAAUACAAUGAGGUCUCCCGUGUAUGCUGCCUCUCCAAAAACGUAAGUAUAGCAGAGGUGCAUACUCACCGAAAGUAA